GCGCGCUCCGCCCGCCGCUGCGUCCUCACUAUGGCGGCGCCCAUGCCGCCCGCCGCGUCCUGGGCGCCCGCCGGGGUUCCCCGCGGCUGCCGCCUCCGACGCCUACGCCGUCGCCUCGGUCUUCCCGCUCGCGUCGGGCCGGGCGCCGCUUCCCAGCUGCCUGCCUUUUCGCUGCGGUCACGUAGGAAAUUGUAAAUCAUGUGAAGAUGGGACUUUUGGUAUUUGUGCGCAACCUGCUGCUAGCCCUCUGCCUUUUUCUUGUACUGGGAUUUUUGUAUUAUUCUGCAUGGAAGCUACAUUUACUCCAGUGGGAGGACUCCAAUUCAGUGGUUCUAUCCUUUGACUCCGAUGGACAAACUCUAGGCUCAGAGUAUGAUCGAUUGGGCUUCCUCCUGAAGCUGGACUCUAAACUGCCUGCGGAGUUAGCCACCAAGUACGCAAACUUUUCAGAGGGAGCUUGCAAGCCCGGCUAUGCUUCCGCCCUGAUGACUGCCAUCUUCCCCCGGUUCUCCAAACCAGCACCCAUGUUCCUGGAUGACUCUUUCCGCAAGUGGGCUAGGAUCCGCGAAUUUGUGCCGCCUUUUGGGAUCAAAGGUCAAGACAAUCUGAUCAAAGCCAUCUUGUCAGUCACCAAAGAGUACCGCCUGACCCCUGCCUUGGACAGCCUCAGCUGCCGCCGCUGCAUCAUCGUAGGCAACGGAGGUGUCCUUGCCAACAAGUCACUGGGAUCACGAAUUGAUGACUAUGACAUUGUGGUGAGACUGAACUCAGCACCAGUGAAAGGCUUUGAGAAGGACGUGGGCAGCAAAACUACACUGCGUAUCACCUACCCAGAGGGCGCCAUGCAGCGGCCUGAGCAAUACGAACGCGAUUCUCUCUUUGUCCUCGCUGGCUUCAAAUGGCAGGACUUCAAGUGGUUGAAGUACAUCGUCUACAAGGAAAGAGUGAGCGCAUCGGAUGGCUUCUGGAAGUCUGUGGCCACGCGAGUGCCCAAGGAGCCCCCUGAGAUUCGUAUCCUCAACCCAUAUUUCAUCCAGGAAGCUGCCUUCACCCUCAUUGGACUGCCUUUCAAUAAUGGCCUCAUGGGCCGUGGGAACAUCCCGACCCUUGGCAGUGUGGCAGUGACCAUGGCACUACACGGCUGUGAUGAGGUGGCCGUCGCAGGCUUUGGCUACGACAUGAGCACGCCCAAUGCACCCCUGCACUACUACGAGACCGUGCGCAUGGCAGCCAUCAAAGAGUCCUGGACACACAAUAUUCAACGAGAGAAAGAGUUUCUGCGGAAGCUGGUCAAAGCGCGUGUCAUCACUGACCUAACCAGUGGCAUCUGAGGUGUGCCCAGAACAGGGCCACAGAGGUCCCGGCACCGCCCAGAGCAAGCAGCAGCCACCGCCACCAGCCCGCUUCAUUGGCCUUGGUCUGGCUCUGCCUGAGAGGCACAGGAGUCUGCAGACCCGGGGAAGGACAGUGCCAAGUAGCCCCAGGGGUGGCGAGGCCUUGGCAGGGCAGCCAGAGCUGUGUCUGCUCAGAGCCCAGCCAGCCUCAGAGCCCAGCAGUCGGCCUCACUCUCAGCCUGGACCCUUAGAGCCAGGUGUCGGGGGGCCCUGGCCGUGUCCAGCAGGCCAGCAUGCAGAAGGUGGACAUUAGGCAGCAAGGCGGCUGCCGGAAUUAUUUCUCCAAUCAGUGUUUGGUGUACUAUCAUUUUGUGAA